AUGUUCUCCAGGCCCGCGCCGUCUAGAGGCGGUGUGCCGAGCAGUGCUCACGGGGGCGCCGUGAUGACUUCGGCGCUCCAGAUGCGACAGCAGGAGACGAGAAAGACCGAAACGCAGCUUGCCUGCCAACCUGUCCACCCCGUCAAGGGAGAGAACCGUCCUGUUGUCGCGAAAAACCACUUUGUGGACGCGGAUUGUGAGGAUCCAGUUAGGCGGCCCGAUGAAAACACGCCACCGCAAAAGCCGCAAAUGCAGGCUUUCCCUGCAACAGCCGCCACUCGUCCAGCUUCCUCCGGCUCGGUCCAGCCACCUUCACGUCUCUCUCCCGCCCCACAGUCUUCUGGGGCCCAGACCGCGCGCCAAACCCAGCCCGAGUUGUGCUCGUGGUCCAGUCUGCCUCCUCUCUGCAGCGAACGCUUCUCGUCCUUUGCUCCGCCGAAGAGCGACGCAGCCCACUGCGGCGGGGAGCGAAUCUGCGAAUGUAUGCUCGUGUACAACGCCCUUGUCCAGAGAGUAGCCGCUGUGUCCGAGCAUACACCCGAACCGUGUUCUGCCAGUGUCUCCACAGCGGCGUCGACACAGCCGCCGACGCGCGUCUUUCCGGCAGGAGGCGAGGACUGGGAAGCAGACGUCACUCUCUUGACGGCGCUCCAGUCAGUGGCGAAGCAUCACCCAAGUUGGCUGUACAGGUCCAGUCUGUUGCGGAGUCCCCUGUCGGGGAGUCCCCCGUCGGCAACCCCCCCGGUCUCCUCUCUGUGCGUCUUCAUCGCGAGUCGGACACAAAGCCUGCGCAGCAUCGUGGCGCGGAGCGCGCUCCGCACUGCUGCGACUCUCUUCCGAGCCUCUCGUCUGUACCGAAGUGCCCGCGGGGAUACGAACGGCGUGCGCGCCUGUCACUGCAGUUGCCCGUGCUGCGGUGUAGAAGGACGCGCCUCCGGUCGCGAGGGUCGCUGCUGCGCGACAGCCAGAGGCGAGCCUGCCGAAGAGGAACGCCCUGGAAAAGAACCUGAAGAGGCGUUCUGGACACUCUGCGAUCACCUCUUGCCCAUUUUGUUGGCGAAGGCAGGAGCCCGCGACAAGAAGUUCUUGGCCAUGGAGGCGGAAGACGCCCUGGACAUCAUUGCUACGUGCGUAGCCACAGCCGAGUCUUCGUCGCUCCUCUCCGCCACGGUUGAACAUCUACGAGGGCACCUCCGCAGCGUCCGAACGAUGGCAGCUGCGGCGCGCCUCGCCCAGAAGGUUGCGGAGCAACUGCUGGAGACGCGCGUCCAACCGGCGAAAUCUGCAGGCGCCCAGCCUCGAGCCUGCGGCAAAGACGCUGAAACCGCUGCCGACGGGCAAUGCGCACCUGGUUUGGCGUCUCAGAAGAGGCCGAGAACAGGCGACGGCGCUCUGUCUUCUUUCCCGCAUGCAGAGUUCUAUUGCCUCCCCGUCUCGCUGCUUCCGCUGCUUCUGGCCUUUGCUCGCGCGCAACACGCUCCAGCCAGGAAGGCGGCGCGGUGCGCGAUCGUGAAGUUCGCGAAGAGUCUGCUGCCUUGCGUCCCCCACGACGGCGAGCUAACCACGGGGAAUUCAGACUGGAAAGUUCAGCAAGUGCUAGAGUGGCUACAGACCUUGUUAGCUGAGGCUGACCACAGCAGUGAACGCAAGAGGGCAAAGGGGAGCGGCGCGCAUGCAGACGAAGCCAGUGUUAGCUGCCAAGAAGGCAGUCGAGCAGAUAAAGACAGCCUGCGUCUUCUCGCGGAAUGCGUUCGGUCCGCCGUCGCGGACUGCACAGUACCAGAGGGGAAACCGACACUCUUUGUGUCGCCGCGGAUGCCGCUGUUCAAGAGACGCGCAGUCGCCAACCGGCAAGGUAGGAAGUCGGUGGAAGUGCACGAGUUUGCGGUGGCGACUAGAGUGUCUCUCCCGGGAGAAACGGAGGCUACAGUUCUCCCGAGAUCCACGCGUUUGACAGGCGGCGAGCCGUCCGAAGAUCGACUGGACGAGAUGGCUCGAGAAGCGACACCGGAACACCCAGAAGCUGAAGAGAGAGCCGAAAAGCUAUGCACGGCCGCAGCAUCCAAUGAAGGGAUUGCGCGGAGCACGACAGCACCGUCCAGUUUGUGCCAUCGCCAGACAGUCUCUUCUGAGGUUGUGGCGGGCGACUUCAAGUCGAGCUCGUAG